GUUCAUGCCUUUUUAACUAUUAAAAAAUAACAAUUAAUUGAUCAAAUAAAAUGAAUAAACUUAUAAACUAUAGCCUAUUUCUUUUUUCCAUCACAGGAUCAAAAAUAAAAAAGGUAACUGCAACUUUUUAUCUAUUUAGACUUUUUUUUUCUUCUCAUAAUUGCGUGAUAUAAACUCACCCCAGAUGAUAAUUAGGGGUGUAAAUAUGGUGGUUCAGUAUGAUAGGGACUUAAUCAAGUCACACACACAUUUUUUAUUUAUUUAUUUAUUUUUUAAAUAUUGAAUAAAACUCAUUGUUUUUUUUUUUUUAGGUGUAAAUAGCAUUUUUUGUUUGUUUUUUUUAGGCGGAACUACUUAGAACUGGAUGUGCCCUUGUUUUUUAUCAACAGGGAUUUAUGAAUAGUUAUUAAUGCACUCAUUUUUUGCAGUUCUGUACUGGAGGAGGUGGACACUUUCCUUAAGAGGCCCCUAGACAAUGUCGGGAUGUUACGAGUUUCGAUGGGAGUGGUUAUGGCUGUCUUUCUUAUUAAAAUAUUUUUCAGUCUCUCACUGAGUUUAUGGUUCUGCGAUGCUAAAUCAAUGGGAGCUAUGUAUGUAAUUCAAGAAACAGAAGCACCAUGUAUUAACAUCAGUGAUACCAACAGCAACCAUGAGCUUGAAAAACUUCUGGACAGAAUUAAAUAUGUUGCUCGAAGCUGCAAAGAAAUUCGUGACAAGUAUCAUGUUUAUGAUGACGGCCUGUACUAUCUGAUCUCAUCAAGAGGGGUCCUUUACCAGACGUUCUGUGAUAUGACCACUGCUGGCGGCGGCUGGACGCUGGUGGCCAGUGUUCAUGAAAACAACAUGUAUGGAAAGUGCACUGUUGGCGAUCGCUGGUCUAGUCAGCAGGGCAGCGACCCAAAACGCCCUGAUGGUGACGGGACAUGGGCAAACACAGUCACAUUCGGAGCUGCAGAAGCUGCUACAAGUGAUGAUUAUAAGAAUUCUGGAUAUUUUGACAUUGUGGCACAGGAUGUGUCUGUGUGGCAUGUUCCUAAUAAUGUUCAGUUGGAACACUGGACCACUGCCUCCAUUUUGAGAUACCACACUGAAAAUCUAUUCUUAACUCUACAUGGAGGAAACCUUUUCAAUUUAUUCAAGAAAUUCCCUGUGAGGUUUGGAAUCGGGUCAUGCAACAUUGAUAAUGGACCUGCUAUUCCAAUAGUGUAUGAUACUGGAAAUAUGAUAUCAACCAAAAAUCUGUAUGGUCCUAAUUCAAGAGGAAUAUUUGAGCCCGGAUUUAUCACAUUCAGAGUCUUCAAUACUGAAAAGGCAGCUAUGGCUCUUUGUUCAGGCGUUAAACCAACCGGUUGUCACAAUGAACAUUUCUGUAUUGGUGGAGGUGGACACUUUCCUGAGGGGGUCCCUAGACAGUGUGGGGACUUUACGAGCUUCGACUGGGAUGGUUAUGGUACUAAUACAGGAUGGAGUGCUUCCAGAGAGAUAACUGAAGCAGCUGUACUUCUCUUUUAUCGCUGACAUUCUGAUCAUUCUAAAGAGAUAUACCACAUUGAUUAACACCUGAACAUUACAAACGCAAUGAUGAAUUUAUUUACAACAUAAAUUCUUUAUAAGGGUCUAUAAUAAGUGCAGUUUGUUCUGUGGGAAUUUCAGAUAAGCAUGCUCCAGUGUUUUUAACUUCUGAAAAAACAAUUCACAGGUUAGCCGUUUAAUGAGCAGCUUCUAUUUUCUCCAUAUCCAGUACUGUGUAAAUUAAAACUGUAUUCUUUUUAUAACUGUCCAAAAGUGGAGGCAAAUAUAUAACAUUUUAAUAAAUUCAGUGGAUUGCCACCUAUUAAAACAUUAGUUAUACAUUGUCAUUUAUGAACACUCCAGUUCAAGAAAUCCUUUUUCCAGUUUUCCAAGAAGAAAACAUAACUGUUUUAUAGUCACAGCCCUUUGGGGUUUCUCUUGUUCCAAUAUCUGCAGAGUAAGACACUAGGUUAGCCAAAAAAUCUAAUUUAAUCACUGCACAUCCAAACACAAUGUGAAAAAAAACCUUUCUUCUCACAAGCUUUGCUUUUGAAUGCAUCUUCCAAAAGUCUUUCUGUUGAAUGUGUCUCUCUCAGAAGAAUGGUCUUUCAGUGUGUGUGCUAGUGUAUAGGACACAUGAGGAGUGAGAAGAGCAUCAGUCCUACACUCAGAAAAAAAAAAAUACAAAGCUGUUCAAUGCUCUAAUUGAGGUGAGGCUGGGGGAUCCGGGACCCCCCAAGUCUAUCUUUUACUUCUUAUGGAGGGUCCCCAGAUAUUUUUAUUUUAGUACAACUAACUGUGACGGUUCUGUUUAGUUAUAUUUUCAUAAUCAUGGACUUUUAGUUUGUUCUCUGUAGUUUCCUGUCUUCCUUUGUUUGGUUUUCCUGCCCAAAAGAUCCGCACCAAGAGGGGAAACAAACUUGAGUUCGUUUCAAUCGAAGCAAACAAGACAGGUGUGAAUACACCCUUAGUUCCAUUAUCAUGGAAUUUUGGUUUGUUCUCUGUAGUUUCCUGUCUUCCUUUGUUCAUUUUUUCUGCCACUCUUUAGUUGUCAUGGUAAUUCAUUUAAUCAACUCAGGUGUUCAUCUUGUAUUUAAAUUGCUGCUGUUUGACCUUUUCAGUUGUCUGGUCUUGUCACAGCUGUCUCGCAGUUUGGCUAUCUGUGGAUUUAUUUAAUAAACCUUGUUUGAUUUUCAUCAUCAUCUUCAUCCUUGGACUAAUCGUGGCACUAACAAAGACAAACCUGUUUCAGUUCACGCAGUUAGCAUACGGUGAAUGUUGUGAAUUAAUUAUUACAGUAACUCAUGUGACUAAAGUCUGUUUUCAGUUAGUUGUCAUGUCAAUGUAAACGCCCCUAAAGACCACUAAGCACAUUAUAUCGUUUGCUUGGUGCAGCUAACAUUAAAAUGAGUAUAAACCUCUAAUCGGUGUCAGGAAGAGAAAGCUUCUUGGGUUGCUGAUAUAUAUAUCUUUUUUGAAGGGUAAUUUUCUUUCUCUCUGUCUUUCUACUGUAUUUAUCCGCUCCAUGUCAGGGUUUUUGUGUUUUUUACAUAAAUUGGAAACACUCGUUUUUUACACUUUAUUAACCCAUUUAAUCCCAUCAGUCACAAUAGUGACCAUGAAGAGUUUUCAUUAAUAAAGCUCUAAAAUCCUUACUGACUGAUGUUUUAGUGCAUUUCCUGCAAGUACAGAAAAUAUAAAGGGUCUCAAUUAAAUAUAUGCAGUUUCAUAUGAUUAGUGAAAAUUGUCACAUGACCAGAGCAGUUUACUUCCUGUUUGCACCUUGAGAAAAUGACUGCAUCACAGCUCCAAAACAAAAUGCUAGUGAAGUACUGUAUGUUAACAAAGAUAUGACAAACAUUUUUUGUUCACAUUAUCUUUAAGGUGUCUAGUAUUAAUAUAUGAAUUCACAAUUAUUAAAUUUUGUUGAGUGUUGUCAUAGAAUCAGUAAACAUGUUGAUGGUCACAAUAGUGGGAUAACAAUGAAUUUAGGUAUACAUAUAAAUCCAAUUGCAGUUGUUAGUGAAAGCUGCACUAAAAUGUUGCAAUCACAAAAUAUUGCACUAAAUUAAAAGUUCAAAUGUUACAAUAUUGAUGUUGUAAUACUGGUAGCACUAAUAUAAUAAUUGUAU